AGCGCAUGCUCACUUUUUUUGACAGGAGGGAGGUCAUUAGAAAGAUGGCGCUGCCUUUAGGACCAUCUGGCGGUGUCUUCAAAAUGCUGCUCAGGUGUUGGCUACGGACAGAGGAGACUCUUCUACGAGCUCUAGGCCUGCAGCCCCUGCAGCCAGCUUUAGCCAUUCAGACUCCAGUAACAAGCCCCAUUGAGGCAAAGAAGGAGGACAGAUCUGACAAUGUUCCCAGUUUGCUGGAUAGUAUCUUCUGGAUGGCUGCACCUAAGAGUAGGAGAACAAUUGAAGUAAAUCGCUGUCGCCGAAGAAAUCCUAAUAAACUUAUAAAAGAAAAGAACAACAUUGAUCAGUGUCCCGAAUGUGGCCAUUUGAAACUGAAACAUGUGCUAUGUGGAUUUUGCUAUGAGAAGGUUCAACGUGAAACACAUCUUAUUAGGCAAGAAAUAAAAGCUAAAGAAGGUGGACCUUUCAGUUCUCCUACAGUGGAAACCGUUGUCCUCUAUGAUGGUGAAAAGCUACAUUCAGAAGAUGAAGGGAAGAGGAUUAUUGAGCGAAAACAAAAACGACCAACAUGGUUUUCUAAUGAAUUUUAUGCAUAGAUUACCUGAGGUUUCUCAGAUACAGCUGCAGGG